GUACGUAAAGUUUUCAAAACACUAGCUACAAUAAAAUGAAAAAUACUACAUAUAAUUUUGCACCUGUUAACAUGCUGUUAACUGAGUAACAAAAGUUGUCGGUGUUAAGGCCAGGCAAUCGUAUGCUGUUAAAUAACAUUGCUUGCCGAUGUUAAAGCCAGAGCAACACAAAAAGAAAAUAAACAAAUUGCAGCACAUAAAAAAAUACUUAAAAGAUUGAAUAAAAACUCGUGACUAAAAAAUAUUCACAAUGUCGUCGCAUGAAAUAAAACUGGAGGUGUGUGUCGACUCAAUCAAAUCAGCAUUUGCUGCCGAAGAAGGCGGCGCAUCUCGCAUUGAACUCUGUUCAGCGUUGCAAGAAGGCGGCUUAACGCCCACAGCUGGAACACUUAAAACUCUCAAGGAAUUGCCCUUCACUUUGCCCGUCUACUGCAUGUUGCGGCCACGUCGAGGUACUGAUUUCGUCUACAGCGAGGAAGAGCUACAGGCGACAUUGACAGACAUGGAUUUGUUGCGUGCUCAUGGAGCCGAUGGCUUUGUCUUUGGAGCUCUGACCACCGAACGACUUAUUGAUGUGGACAAGUGUCGGCGUGUAAUGGAACGUUCCUGUGGCCUGCCCGUCACCUUUCAUCGCGCCUUCGAUCUUACCGAUCCUAAGAGCAUGCACGAGAAUGUCGAGCUGCUGAAAGAGUUGGGCUUUAAACGAGUGCUCUCCAGCGGCUUUCGACAGUCCGCUGCUGAAGGUGCUGAGACAUUGGCUCAGCUGAUCGCCAAGCAUCAUCGCGAUAUCAUAAUAAUGCCUGGUGCCGGCAUCAAAGUAUCCAAUUUGGAGGAGAUUCUGACCAACAGUCGCUGCCUGGAGUUUCAUGCCUCGGCUAUGGACACCGCAGGCGAGGAAUACAGUGCGCCGACGACACAGCGCAUGGAAUGCGAUGUCACCAUGGGCAAACAGGACAUUGAUCCAUAUUAUGGGACAAAUGUUAAUGUGGUGCGCAAAAUGGUCACUAUCGCCAAUGCGAUGAGCUGCAGAUAA